GCCGGGCCGCUCUGGCCGGCGGCAGGAGAGCGAGGCGGGCGCGUCGCCAUGGCGACGGCGGGGCCGCGGCGGGGCGGCAUGGCGGAGCGGCGGGCGCUGGAGACCCGCCUCGUCGAGAACCAGCCCUACGACGAGAGCCUGGAGCUGCCGGAGGCCGAGGAGGCGGGCGGCGCGGCGGGGAAGCCGGCCGGGGCCCGUUCGCCGCGGGCGGGGGGCGCGGGCCGCCCCCGGGGCUCCCGGCGGCCGGGGCUGCCCGGGGCGGGCGGCGGCGCCGCCGAUCGCAGCAGCGACGAGGAGGGCGGCGGCGGCAAGGAGGAGGCGUCCCGCCCGGCCCCCCCCGCCGCCCUCAGCGAGGAUGAGGACGACGAUGACGACGACGAUUCGGAGGAGGAGGAUUCCUCGGAAACGGACUCGGAGGACGACUCGGAGGAGCACGGGGCUGCGCUGGAGGGUGACUUCAAUCUGGCAGAUUACGACUACCUGCCAGUAUCUUCUGAAAUCAAAGAACUCUUUGAAUACAUCAAGAGGUACACUCCCAAAACGAUAGAGAUUGAACACAAACUGCAGCCUUUUAUUCCAGACUUUAUUCCUGCUGUUGGGGACAUUGACGCGUUCCUAAAGGUUCCCCGGCCCGAUGGCAAGCCUGAUAACCUUGGCCUGCUGGUCCUGGACGAGCCCUCCACCAAGCAGUCAGAUCCCACCGUGCUCUCCCUUUGGCUGACGGAGAACUCCAAGCAGCAUAACGUCACGCAGCAGAUAAAAGUGAAGAGUUUGGAGAAUGCGGAGAAGAACCCCAAAGCCAUCGAGAGCUGGAUUGAAAGUAUCAGCGAACUGCACCACUGCAAACCUCCGGCCACAGUCCAUUACACCAGGCCAAUGCCUGACAUUGAGAGCCUGAUGCAGGAAUGGUCACCGGAGUUUGAGGAGCUCUUGGGGAAGGUGGGCCUCCCGACUGCAGAGAUGAGCUGCGACCUGGCCGAAUACGUCGACAUCAUUUGCGCCAUUCUGGACAUCCCCGUGUACAAGAGUCGGGUCCAGCCCCUGCACGUCCUCUUCUCCCUCUACUCGGAGUUCAAGAACUCGCAGCAUUUCAAGCCGCUGGCUGACGGGAAGAAAGGCCGGAGCCCGCUGUCCAACCCUCCUUCGCAAGCGGCAGACGCGGAAGUGUUAAGCUUUACUUGAAGCUUCACGUUAAACCCCCGUCUCCUGGAUCAACGUCUGCUGCUGGGCAUCGAGAUUUGACCCAAGCGAACCAUGAAGCGACGCCCACCG